GAGCUGGACUUUGUUCGCAUGAAGCAGAGGCUAAAGCUACGGAAAUCUUCCAAUGAUGCCAUAAAGUCUAAGUUACUUUUUGUUAUUCGCAUCCAUGGAUCAAAGGAUAUGCAUCCCCGGACAAGACAAAUCUUAAAUAAGUUGCGGUUGAGACAUAUCUUAAGUGGUGUAUUUCUGAAAGCCAAUGAAGCAAAUUUGAGAAUGCUUCUGACCGUAGAACCGUUCAUUACUUAUGGUUAUCCAACUUUGAAAAGUGUGAGGGAGCUUGUUUACAAGAAGGGCUGUGGAAAUAUAGAAAAGGAGAGGACUCCUCUUACUGACAACAACGUCAUUGAGCAGGCACUUGGGAAGUAUGGUAUCAUCUGUCUUGAAGAUGUCGUGCAUGAGAUCGCCACAGUGGGAUCACAUUUCAAGGAGGUUACCAGCUUCCUGUGGUCAUUCAAGCUUAAAUGCCCAGAACGCAGAUUACAGAUGAAGAAAAAGCUCUACAAGGAGGGUGGCGAUGCAGGCAACCGUGAAGAUCACAUCAAUGAGCUCAUUGAUAAGCUGAACUAAGAGGGAUGAGCUUGUGGUGGUCCAUGUCAAGCAUGGAUGACAUCAAUUAAACUAGUUUUGCCAGACUUUUUAGCUUUUUAUGGCUUGGAAAAGUAUUUAGUGGAAAUCAGUAAUGUUGUAUUCCCUGGCAUCUUUUUGUUUUCUUCUUUUAACAUCAAAAUCAUAAUCGUCUUGACUUUUUGACUCUUUUAACA